AUGGCUCGGCAUCACAACAAGGUGUUGGAGAUGGAGAAGGUCCCAUACACGAGUAUGAGAGAAGGGUCCAGGCAGAUCUACUCAGAGAUGACCCUCAUCAAAGGAUCGUAUACGCCUCCGCCAAUCGUCCAUCCUUCUCCAGAUGACCUUCAAGAAAAUACAAAAUCGUCAUUUUGGGGCUCUCUCUUCGGGCGAGGUGCUCAUUCAGACGUUCCGCGCCCACGACCGGAGAAUCUGCCGAAAGGGCUUUACAUGUACGGAGACGUUGGCUGCGGAAAGACCAUGCUCAUGGACUUGUUUUACGACACCAUACCUUCGAAUAUAAAAAGGAAGAAGCGGAUACAUUUCCAUAAUUUCAUGCAAGGAGUGCAUAGGGACCUGCAUGCCGUCAAGAAAGCCCGGGGUCGCGAGUUUGAUGCACUGCCAAUGGUUGCGGCGGAUAUUGCGGAGACUGCCAAUGUCUUGUGCUUUGAUGAGUUUCAAUGUACGGAUAUUGCAGAUGCUAUGGUGCUGCGAAGAUUUUUGGAGCUUUUAAUGUCUCAUGGUGUGGUAAUGGUAACCACUUCGAACCGACAUCCUGAUGAUCUCUACAAGAACGGCAUUCAAAGGGAACACUUCAUCCCAUGUAUAAAAUUGCUCAAAAAAGAGCUCGAAGUUCUCAAUUUGAACUCGGAGACAGAUUACCGCAAGAUUCCACGGCCUCCUUCUGGCGUUUACCACCAUCCGCUGGACAAAGCAGCCGAACAGCAUGCCGAGAAAUGGUUCGAAUAUCUUGGAGAUCCACAGAAUGAUCCACCACAUCCAGCAACUCAUGAAGUCUGGGGUCGCGAAAUUCCGGUGCCCUCUGCGAGUGGACGGGCAGCCAAAUUCACGUUCCAGGAUCUUCUCGGUCGUGCCUCUGGCGCAGCUGAUUACCUGGAACUAGUCCGACACUAUGACGCUUUCAUUGUGACUGAUGUUCCUGGAAUGACUAUUCGAGAGCGUGACUGGGCACGACGGUUCAUUACAUUUAUUGACGCUGUGUACGAAAGCAAGGCAAAACUCGUCCUCACAUCAGCAGUUCCCCUCCAAAACCUCUUCAUGUCCGAAGCUGAAAUCAAAACCUCAAUCGACGAUGCGUCCUCUUCUUCCUCCGGCCCCGAGGCCCUCCCAUCAGACAUGCGCCAACUAAUGGACGAUCUCGGCCUCUCAAUGGCCGCACUGAAAUCCACAUCCAUCUUCAGUGGUGACGAAGAACGAUUUGCUUUUGCGCGUGCAUUGUCCCGUCUUACUGAAAUGGGUAGUAAGCAAUGGGUUGAGCGCGGGAUGGGGGUUGGUAUGGAUGUUACACAGGGGUUAGAGGAUCGAGAUGCGUAUAAGAAGACCAGGAGUAGGUGGAGUGAGGACAGUAUGUAG